AUGGGGGAACGUGGGUUUGGGAUUAAGGCGGACGUGACGAAGACGGCAUGGGAGUCGGAAGAAUUUCCACUAUUAUGUGAAGGCUGUUUAGGUGAAAAUCCAUACGUACGUAUGAUGAAAGAAGCAUACGGUAGUGCGUGUAAAAUCUGUGCUCGUCCUUUUACGGUCUUUCGCUGGAAACCAGGCAAACGUGCACGUUACAAGAAGACAGAAGUGUGUCAGACAUGUGCUAGGAUGAAGAAUGUAUGUCAAACAUGUGUACUAGACUUACAAUAUCAUUUGCCUGUUCAAGUUCGUGAUACAUUCUUGGCCAAAGAAGAUGGAGGGGAUGGUCAAGUGACUGUGAAUGUGCCUGAGAGUGACGCCAACCGUGAGUGGUUUUCACAGCAGCAUAGUCGCAUGUUAGAACAGGAAGGAGUAGUGUCUGCUUACGGCAAAGCGUCAGGCGUAGCAAGUAGUGCAUUACUACGUUUGGCACGUCAGGAACCGUACUAUAAGCGUAAUCGUGCACACUUGUGCUCGUUCUACGCACGAGGAGAGUGCAAUCGAGGCGAUGAGUGUCCAUAUCUGCAUGAGAUGCCACGUGACAAGGACGAUCCAUUGGCCCAGCAGAACAUUAAGGACCGAUACUACGGGAGGAAGGAUCCUGUAGCUAUGAAAAUGCUUGGUGGACAGAAGAAGAAUCAGCAACGCCGGGAUGGGAAAAAUGAAGGCAAGCUUCGUGGACCACCAGGUGCAUUGAAACCCAAGCCUCCUCCACUUCCACCAAAGAAACCGCCACUUCCUGCUGGACCACCGCCGACUGCUGCUACGAAGGCUCAGGAGGAGACGACAAGCUAG